GGUGGGGUGACCCCCUACAAAAGCUCAGCGUUUCCAGCAGCAGAUUUCUUCCUCCAAGAGUGUUGGUGCGCCUGGUGCCAGAGUUAAGGAACAGAAUCUUGCUGAUGCCUGCACAGGCCCUCACCCUGGGGUCAGGAAGUUUGGAGAAUGAGGCCUUUCAGCCCUGAGGUUUCCCUACACCUGCCCUGGGCUAUGGCAGCCCACUUGCUUCCUGUCUGCACCCUCUUCCUGAACUUGCUCAGCAUGACCCAAGGCUCCCGGGACCCUGUGGUACCCAACCAGCCCUUCACCACCAUCUGGAACGCCAACACCGAGUGGUGUAUGAAGAAACACGGCGUGGAUGUAGACAUCAGUAUCUUUGAUGUGGUGACCAACCCGGGGCAGACCUUCCGCGGCCCUAACAUGACCAUUUUCUACAGCUCCCAGCUGGGUACCUACCCUUACUAUACAUCUGCUGGGGAGCCUGUGUUUGGUGGCCUGCCCCAGAAUGCCAGCCUGAAUGUCCACCUGGCCCACACAUUCCAGGACAUCCUGGCUGCCAUGCCUGAGCCUCACUUCUCAGGGCUGGCAGUCAUUGACUGGGAGGCAUGGCGCCCGCGCUGGGCCUUCAACUGGGACACCAAGGACAUUUACCGGCAGCGCUCACAGGCACUGGUACAGAAGCAGCACCCAGACUGGUCAGCUUCUCAGGUGGAGGCCGCAGCUCAGGCGCAGUUCGAGGGGGCUGCAGAGGAGUGGAUGGCAGGUACCCUCAAGCUGGGACAAGCACUGCGGCCUCAGGGCCUCUGGGGCUUCUAUAAUUUUCCUGAGUGCUACAACUAUGACUUUAAAAGUCCCAACUAUACCGGCCAGUGUCCACCAAACAUCCGUGCCCAGAAUGAUCAGCUCAGGUGGCUGUGGGCCCAGAGCUGUGCCCUCUACCCCAGCAUCUACCUGCCCGCAGCACUGGAGGGCACGAAGAAGGCACAGAUGUACGUGCAGCACCGUGUGGCUGAGGCAUUCCGUGUGGUGGCGGGUGCUGGGGACCCCAAGCUGCCGGUGCUGCCCUACAUGCAGCUCUUCUACGACAUGACUAACCACUUUCUAUCUCCGGAGGAGCUGGAACACAGCCUGGGGGAGAGUGCAGCCCAGGGUGCAGCGGGAGUGGUGCUCUGGGUGAGCUGGGCGAACACAAGCACCAAGGAAUCAUGCCAGGCCAUCAAGGAGUAUGUGGAGACGACACUGGGACCCUCCAUCCUGAAUGUGACCAGCGGGGCUCGUCUGUGCAGUCAGGUCCUAUGCUCCGGCCAUGGCCGUUGUGCCCGGCGCCCCAGUUACCCCAAGGCCCGUCUCAUCCUCAACUCCACCAGUUUUUCCAUCAAGCCUACGCCUGGUGGUGGGCCCCUGACCCUACAAGGUGACCUCUCACUCGGGGAUCGGUUGCGGAUGGCAGUGGAGUUCGAAUGUCGCUGCUACCGUGGGUGGAGGGGGACCCGGUGUGAGCAGUGGGGCCUGUGGUGACUGGCAUGGACACACACUGAGUACCUGAUGCAAGCUGGGCCUGGCUAGGGCUUUCCCAAGUCCAGGCAGUCACAGGAGUCAUGGUCACAGUCAGAAGUCCACUCAGCCAGUGUCAUGAGCAUAUACCAGUGCACGCACACCUGCUUACCGACCAAGAUAGCUGCAUAAGCAGUUAGAGCCCUGGGCAUCCACCCGACAGAGUCAAAAACACUUCCUCUGGAGACACUGAGUCAGUCUUCAAACAGAAGCAGUCACAAGCACUGACAUUCGGGACUUCCCUGGCCAUCCAGUGGUUAAGACUCUGAGCUUUCACUGCAGGGGGCACAGGAGGAGACUAAGAUCACACAUGCUAAGCGGUGCGGUUAAACAAAUAACAAAUAAAUAAACUGACAUUCACUGGGCAUCUACUCUUUCCAAGUCCUGUGCCAAGCAUUUUAAGUAGGCUAACUUAACUGUGCAAUCCUAACACGACGCUGUGAGGAAACUGAGGCACACUUUCGCCAAGGUUGCACAGCCAGAAAACAGAGCAGCUGAGAUUCAAGCCCGGGCUGCCUGGCCAGAGAGGUACAACCUUUUGGCUCCUACUGAUAAGUCGAUGGUAACCAGCUCUGCACUGCACUCUGAAUCCGUUCAGAGGUAGCAGCCUCGCAAAUAAAACAGGAUUCUAACUUCAAAA